AUGGCUCUUCUCAUUUCUUGUGGGGAAGUUUCAUCUUCCCAAUUCACUCUACUUCGCUUACUCAACCAAAGCCUUGAUUUCGUAAGCGAAAAUGUCUCUAGGAUCAUUGCUCCUAUCUUCACCAACCUAAGGGACUUUGAAAUGCGUCUUUCUUGUAUUGACCGUCCCCAAUCUAUUCAUGCCAAUCAUUCUCACUCGUGCACCAAGAACUGCUUUUGUGGUAAACAAGAUUACGACCAAAAAGGAGACCCAGAAGCUAUAUUCAAUGUCCUGGAUUCAAUCUUGAAAAGUAGUUUAGAUCGUCUAGCUUCUUUAAGGGAGAGUGUAUGUCAGACAAAGAGCUUCAGAUACGAGGAAUCUAUAUCUAUUCAUGCUUCGAUCAUGAGAGAUCUCUGUUUACAAGGGAAGUUGGAUGCUGCUCUCUGGCUACGGAAAAAGUUGAUACAGAGUGGAUUUGUUCCAGGUUUGGUCACACACAAUCACCUUUUAAAUGGGUUGUGUGAGUUGGGUCAUAUCGAGAAGGCGGAUGGGAUUAUUAGAGAGAUGUGGGAGAUGGGUCCUUCUCCAAACUGUGUCUCUUAUAACACCUUUAUCAAGGGUCUUUGCAGUGUUAACAAUGUAGAUAAAGCUCUGUAUCUCUUCAGUACUUUGAAUAAAUAUGGUAUUAAGCCAAAUAGAGUGACUUGCAACAUAAUCGUGCAUGCACUUUACCAGAAAUCUCUUAUGGGAAGUAACAACACAAAGCUUCUUGAAGAGAUCUUAGAUAGUUGCCAGGCGAACACACCCUUGGAUAUCGUCACCUGUACCAUUCUGAUGGAUCGUUGUUUUAAGAAUGGAAAUGCGGUUCAAGCCCUUGGGUUAUGGAAGGAGAUGUCAGAGAAAAAUGUCCCUGCUGAUUCAGUUUUGUACAAUGUCCUUAUUCGUGGUUUAUGUUCGAGUCGAAACAUGGUAGCUGCUUAUGGGUUCAUGUGUGACAUGGUAAAGAGAGGAGUUAAUCCUGAUGUUUUCACUUACAAUACCCUCAUAAGCGCCUUGUGCAAAGAAGGAAAGUUUGACGAGGCAUGUGAUAUCCAUGGUACCAUGGAAAGAGUUGGUGUUGCUCCUGAUCAGAUCUCAUACAAAGUUAUCAUUCAAGGUCUAUGCAUACAGGGAGAUGUGACCAGGGCAAACGAGUUCCUGUUAAGCAUGCUAAAACGUUCUCUGCUUCCAAAGGUUCUGCUAUGGAAUGUGGUUAUUGAUGGUUAUGGAAGAUAUGGAGAUACUAGCAGCGCUUUAUCUGUUCGAAAUCUAAUGCUUUCUUACGGUAUUAAACCAAAUAUUUACACAAACAAUGCUUUGAUUCGUGGGUAUGUGAAAGGGGGAAGAUUUAUUGAUGCGUGUCAGUUCAAAGAUCAAAUGCAAUCUACCAAAAUCUUCCCGGAUACUACCACCUAUAAUCUGCUAAUAGGUGCUGCUUGUACACCGGGUCACUUGCGGUUGGCUUUUCAGCUGUAUGAUGAAAUGCUGAAAAGAGGAUGUCGACCUGAUAUGAUUACGCAUACUGAGCUGAUUAGAGGCCUCUGUUGGAAGGGUCGCUUGAAGGAGGCUGAAAACCUUUUGUUGAGAAUGCAAGUGUUUGGCAUAACAUUGGAUCAUGUUCCAUUUUGGAUACUCGUGAAGAAAUAUACCAGAUUGGGGCGACUAUAUGAGGCGUCUUUGGUUUACAAAAACUGGUUAAUGACGAAGAACGGAGGAGUUUCUUGUCCAAGUAGCCUAAAUCACAUGCAUACAGAAGAGCAGUAA